AAAACACCACCAACAAAAAAACAAGUCUGGCCACACCAUUAGAUCCUACUGAAAAUUCAAAAAUUUCACCUGACGAAAAGCAAACAGAGAUUCCAAAUAUGACUUCAGCUCCCGUUAACAAAUCAGAAAACUCUCAAGCAAAUUCAAAAGAUUCUGAAGUACCUACAGUAAUCAAUGAAUUGUGCAUUCAUUUUGUUGACGCGCUUAAUUCGAGUGAAUCUUUUAAAGAU